AUGCGCGGCCGCGACUUCCCGCUCGUCCUGCUGGCUCUGGUCCUCUGCCAGGCGCCCCGGGGGCCGGCCGCCCCGGUGUCGGCGGGCGGAGGGACCCUGCUGGCCAAGAUGUACCCGCGCGGCAACCACUGGGCGGUGGGACAUUUAAUGGGAAAAAAGAGCACAGGAGAGUCCCUGUAUGUUUAUGAGGGAGGGAGCCUGAAGGAGCAGCUGAGGGAGUACAUUCGGUGGGAGGAAGCUACAAGGAAUUUGCUAAGCCUCCUAGAAGCAAAGGGGACCAGAAGCCAUCAGCCACCUCAACGGGAGCCCCUGGGCAUUCGCCAGUCUACCUGGGAUUCAGAGGACAGCAGCAACUUUAAAGACGUGGGAUCGAGACUCAAAGUUUCUCAGCGUGAAGGAAGGAACCCCCAGCUGAACUGA